AUGUUUAAGAUAGCCAAUGGACGAGUAAAUGAAGCUGAAGUAAAUAAAAAAACGGAUGUAAAAAACAAAUCGGAACCUAAACCCAAGGAAACUAAGGGAGCCAAACAGAGUACUGGUGAGUCUAAAAAAAAGUUGGAACAGGAUAAAAAUAACAUAAUUCUAAAGAAACCUUGGAAUUCAUCAAUCAAAAUAGAUAACAUGGAUAAGCAGGAAGAAACAUCUAUAAAGAAGAAAACGGCUAAAAAAGGCAAUAGCUCUACGAAGGAGAAGGAAAGCAAAUUAAAUAGGGUCAAUUCAAUAAAGAUAAAAAGCGAUAAAGGCCAAAACAACAGUACAAACAAGGGUAAAACCGCAACAACAAAGGAAAAUGGAGGGAAUUCAAGAAAUUUUGAAGAUGAAAAUGAGGACAUAUAUGUUUCAUACUCGUUAAAGGGAUAUCUCAAAAUAAAAUCUAACAAUAAAGUGGAAAUAUGCGACAGAUAUUACACAAGAUGCAGUGAAAAAUGCGAUGGAAGUAAAUAUGUGUGUAUAAUGGAUGAAAGUGACGAAUGUGAAGAAGAAACAUGGUGUAAUUGUUGCGAAGAUUGCGGAAGGGUGGAUGAUGAUUAUUACAUAGAACAAAAUGAAUAUAACUGUUGCAGUUGUUUGAGUAGAUGUAAGUGUAUUGGUUAA